AUGGCCUUGCGUGAUUCCGAUGUACUCCGUGAUGGAGUUGUAAAAAAAACUAUGGAGAACUUCAAAACAAAAAUAGGCAAGGAAUACUCAGCUAAAGGUAGGUUUCUAUUAAAGUAUGAAAUUGGUGUUUUUAUUGGUAAAUUAAUAAUACCUAUACAUUAAAACUAGGGUUUGAAAUGUCCGAAAACUCAGGUUUUCAGAUUUUUCAGAAAAAUUAGGAAAAUUUCGUUGCAUUGAAAAUUUCCCUCCAAUAAAAAGGUUCUUAUAGAAAAAAAUGUUUUUUCCUAAUAAAUUAACAAAUAAGGUAACCUAUUUAAUGAAUAAUAAUAAUAAUAUUGAUAAUGCAUAAAUACUAUCUAUUACCUACUUAAAAUCAGUUUGAAAUCUUGCUGAUUAUGUACUUUACAUUAUCAUUAAUAUCGCGAAUAUCCUUUGAAGAUAUUGUACCCAUUGUAAUAUCUCAAAAAGUAAUUUUUUAAAAUCAACUUAAAUUAAAUUUCAUGCGAUUUUUUUUGAUGAAAAUUUAAGAAACAAGUACCUCUAUAAAGUGUUAUAUUGCCAUUAUUUUUGAUCACCUUUAUUUUUAGGAGUGAAACAACAAUUUUUUUGGUUCAUCCGCCGAUAAAAAUUUUUUUAUAACGAAUAUUUUAACAUCAGUUUGAAAUUUCUAGGACAUAUCUACGUAUAUGUCUAGGGCAACAUGACUGCGUAAAAUUAUUUCUGUUUUGGUUUAACUUCUGAUAACUUCAUUGUUAUCAACUUGUAGGUUACUGGAAUGGACUAGCAAAUUUCUACUAAUUACUUGCAAAAUAUUGACACUAUUCAGAAGUUAUUUUGGCAAAGUUGAAGCUAAUUUAACACACUCAUAAUACCAGAUAUGAUAUUAUUUUGCUUCAUUAAUUAAGUGCUAAAAACUAAAAAAAAUACAAAUUUUUUCUCCAUUUUAGAUUCUGAAUGGAGCAAGGAAUGUAAUUAUUGAUUUUAAAACGAUGUUUUUUUUUUUUCUGUUAACAGAUUUUCUGAAAGGAAAUUUAACUGAGGUGGUACGUUGUAGACGUCAUUUUUUUUGUUUUCCCAGGAGUUUAAAUAUAAAAUGUAAAAACGUAGGAAAAAUGUAGAAAAAACGGAAAAAUUUAUAAAAUGUAUUAUUUUAAAAUCGUAAAUAUUAGGUCCUUUAAGGCCAUUCCGGUCGGGAUCACUUUUAAUUGAAAAUUUUUAAUCUUUACGUACUGAUAUAUAUUAAACAUUUUCCUUUACCUUCCCAACUUCUCACCUAAAAGAGUGGCCCACCCAUCGUGUAAAGUAUUCAAGUAAUUUUAAUUAAAUUUUUUACACUUAGUUUAUUUUAUGCGUAAUAUUGAGAUUUUUAAUUUUCCGAAGAAUGGUUUUUUUUUUCGGAAAUUUAUUAUUUUAAUAUUUUUAAAUGAACUUUUUUUAUAUCAUGACAACUGAAAAUUACAGUUAUUACUUUUUAUAUUUCCAGAUGUAAUAAAAACGUGGGACUGUAUAUCUAAAUGGAUUGAAAAUAAACUAGUUCAAGAUAAAGUAAAUAUUUAUAUAUACUUACUUAGAUUUAUUCCCGCUUGCGACCAAACGAAAAUAAUACCUAUAAUAAAUACGUGAAUACCAUUUUAUUAUUUUAUAGGACAGAAACAUUUACUGAUACGAUCAAUAAAUAUAUAAAUAUUUACUUUUAGUUCCAUUAAUUAUCUAUUUCUAUUGCACAGUAAAAUUAUAAUAAUUUUAAAAAUUAUUUGAAACAUUAUAAUAUUUUUAACUUAAUCAUAUGUCAUAUAAUCAGUGGCGCAACUACAAUCUAUGGUGCUCUAGAAACAAGAAUUACUUGGUACUUAAUUUUAUACCUAUAUAGGUAUAUGUAUUAAAAUACUUACUAUUAAUAUGUAAUUUAAUAAUAAUAAGAUAAGAACUAGAAACCAUGAUGUAAAAUGAAUAGUGUAGUUUAUGAAUAAUUUACAUAGUUUACAAAUCAUAACUAUUCCGUCUAUCUAUUAAAAAUAAUAAAUAAUACAAAUUAUAUUAUGAUGUAACAAAUAUAUAUAUAUAUAUAUAUAUAUAUACAUAUUAUUAAUCAUGCAAGAAAGAUUGCACAUUGAAGUUUUAAUCAUAUUAAAGUUAGUUUUUUUUUUUUUUUUUAAAUAGUAAUGUUUGAUAGUCGACCUUAACUCAUUAAGUUUCCUAGGUAAUUUUUUAUGAGUUUCGAUUUAGGAAACGGUCUUUCAGCUGAUGCAACUGUCAAAAAUAAUAUGAAAUAAAUUAAGGUUGCACUUAAAAUAUCUUAAAAUUAUUUUUAUUUUUUUUUUUGAGUUACUUUCCUACCAGAAAUCUUGCUCUGAUACAUCAAGUGUGUAACACUUUUUCUGAAAUUGUUCUGCUUUUCAUAAUAACUGGGAAAAAGUAUAAAAGAAACUUUACUGAUAAUCGUUUUUCGUUAUCAAUGAUUAAUUUUUGAUUACAAAUAUACAUUAGAUUCUCCUCUAUAUCCAACCUUCCCAACUUCUCACCUAUAAUGGUGGCCCACAAAACGAGCAAAAUAUGUCAGUCUUUUUAAAAUUGGUGUUUUAAUAAAUAAUAAUAACUUGUACAAUUUUAAUUAAUUUUUGAAACUUAGAAAUUUGUGUUUAUUAAAUAAUAAUAAUAAUCAACAAUGAUACAUUUUAUCUUGAGAAAGAGGGGGGUGGUUAUACGAUACAGAAAUAUUUCAUUCCGGAAGAAUCCUGUUUAGGAACAGAAAUCCGUUCAUGACGAUGUCCACUCAAUAGUAUAUUGUUGUAUUAAUUCUGUUCGGCAGGGUGUAUUAAUAAAAGGAAUUGGUUAUUUCACUUUGGCUCAAUGGGAGAUUGGCCAAGGAUAUGCAAAUACCAUCAGAAAACCGGUGUUCGUAGUCGAUAAGAAACUAGUAAAUGAUUACAAUUUGAGCAGAAACAAGGCAUAUAAUACGGGCAAAGUGAGUAUAUUAAAAUUAUUAAGUAUCAAUAACGGCUUAAAAUACUAAAUAAAUAAACAAACCCUCGACAAUUCAUAAUCGGAUAAGUAAUAGACAAUUAAAUUUCUCUCUCAUUCAAUGUGCAUAUAUUUAUUAUUUUUGUACGAUUUAUUUUAUAACUGAAAAAAUUCAUCACGUAAAUUUUAUAGUGUUAUUCAAAUAUUCGUGCAAUAUAAGUAUAAAUCGUAUUUCCUCUUAAGUUUUCAGUAGGUAUUUUCUUAAUAUUUAAAACUUUUUACUUAUUUUAGAUACGUGAAUACUAUUUAAGUUUAUCAUCGGUUGCUCAAGAUUAUAAAUUAAAUGUAAAUAUGGUUACCGAUUGUUUUAAAGAAGUCGUGGUAGCUUUUCGUAGAUUAUUAUUCGAAGAAAGAGAUUGUGAACUUCCUUUUUCAAAAAUUGGGAAAUUACAAAUAAAAAAUAAAACGGCCACGAUGAAAUUUUAUCAGGAGUUUUUAGAUAAACAAAACAAAAAUUGGAAGAAUCGUAUGGAAAUUGAAAAAAAAAAACAUCAAAGCGUCAAUAAUUAUGAACCUGAUUGGGACACUGACCAAUAUGAAUAUCAAGUAUAUUUUAUUGGUAGUAUUGUAUUAAUUGUAGUUUUUUUUUUAUUAGUAUAAAACACUGAAAUUGCUCAUUAGACGAAAACACAUAGAAUGAUCAAACGCUGACAUUUUUUUGUUAGUUCACAUUUUGGUCAUUUCCGUAUACAAUAUAAUAUCUACUACUCGUUUUUUAAACGUUUUUGAAAAUGUGAAAAAAUUAAAAUACGUCCUGAUGAAGCGAUUUCGGUGUUUUGAACAAAACUGUUGAAUUUAACGGCACAAUUAAAAGUAUUAUUCAUUAUCAUAUUAACAAAAAUACUGUAUCAAAUGUAUAAUUUAUUAAGAAACGGCCUUGUUCUGCAAUAUCUGCAAUAUCUCGGCCUGCGUCUUCACUAUCACAGUACAGACCAGGUACUGGAUACGCGGGCGUAUUACCGGGUUUAAAUAGCCAGAUGCACAGACCUUGCUCUCGAUUAUGCACAGAACCGGGUGACCAAAAUAGACCUUCAUCUAGACAAUCUCUAUGUUCAUAUAACCAGGGUCGACCCACGUCCAGAUCGUCUAUUCAAUCACGUGAAUCCGUAAGACCCUUUCAAAAAUCCAUUUUAGGUCCACCACAUAAAAUACAUUUUAAUAAAAAGCAUAAUUUAUGUAUAGAAAAGACCGUGUUCUGCAAUGUCUGCCAUAAGUCGGCCUACGUCUUCAAUGUCAAAGUGCAGGCCAGGGACUGCAAAUGCUGACGAAUUCAUGAAUUCCAAUGGUCAGACGAGUAGUAGACCUGGUUCCAGAUUAUGCACAGAAUCAAAUGACCAGCCUAAAUCUCAGCCCGAUCAGGCUAGACCUACGUCCAGAGAGUCGGUUCAUUCUGAUAAGUUCGUUAGACCCGUAUCUAGACUAUCCAUGGUCUCGUCUAGGCCUGACUCAAGGCUAUGUGCACAACAAGACGAACAUAAAAGCCUACAAUCCAGAUUAUCUCUUCGAUCCUGUGACCAUAAAGCCAGACCCAUGUCUAGAACGUCUGUUCGCUCGAAUGAUUCCAUAUCUAACCUUUCGUGUAGACCAGACUCCAGACAGUCGUUACAGUCUGAUAAAAAGCCUAGUCCUAAAUCUAGAUCACCCGCGGAACAAUCCUGUAAUCAGCUUAGACCAACGUCAAGUAUGUCUAAUCGACUUACUGAGCAAAAAAUGAUAUCGUCAAGGCUUUCGAAUAGAUCUUGCACGUCUUUAAAACAUUCGGAAAUACAACCGCUGCUUUGUCCAAAUCCGUGUGCAGAGAAAUCAGUAGCAAAUAAUAAUAAUUCGGUUCCUGAAUCGCCGUCACCGGAUGUCAUAAUUGUUCAGCCGAAUUCUGAGGAAUGUAACAAUACGAAUAAGUACCAUAUUAAAAUCGAAAAACCCACAUUAAUGAACAUAUAUUCUAAAGGUAGGUCACGUUUAAAAUAUUUUAUCACCUAAUGUAGAAAGGAAAAAAUAGCAAUUAUUAAUUACAAUGUGGUACUACAUUGGUCCCAAUACAAAACAGUAAAAUUUGCAGACAAAAAUAUUGCAUCUAAUAUAAUAUUGUCUGAAUUGUUGGUAUUUGAUUUCAGAUGAUCAACUCUGCUAUUCAUGUUGUAUCAGAAAACAUAGAUUAUCAAACAUAGAUAUAAUGAAUCCAGAUAUAUUGUCUUCUGCGAACAAUGAAAAUGGUUUUAUGAGAGGCGAUAAUCCGAUCAAUGGAUUAAAUGGCGAAGUAUAUAUUUAAGAAAAAAAUAAUUGAUUUAAAUCCCCAUAUGAUAAAUUAUAAUGAUAAAAAUGUAUAUUUAAAGAGUGUUUUGAAAAAACGUAAAAAUCAAUUGAAAGAAAUAUCCAAUUAUAAUUAUGUUACCGGGAAUAAACUAUUAGACGCAAUUAAAAAGGAAAACAAUCGAAUACGUAAAGAUAAAAAUUAUGGAAAUUGUAUUUUUAAUCAAGUAAGUCUACUUAGGUAAAUAUGAAUAACAUUAAAGAGCCGAAAAGACAAACAAACAGUUCAGGUUUAUUCUUGGAAAUGAUAGAAACAUUUCAUUUCCAUAACCAACUCAUUUUGAUUUUCAUUACGAGAUAUCCUAGUGCAUAUUUAAGCUACUUAUUAAUUCAACACAGAAAAACUAAAUGACAUUUGAUUUUUAAUAAUAAUUAGUUUAAUAAUUUGAUAACUUUGUUUAAGAUUAGCGUAGGUAUCGAGGAAUGUAUAAGUUUUACUAUGUGUCCUCUCUUUUUUUUUAGUUUACUUUUUUGGCCGUAAACAACCAGAAAUCUUUCACUAAUAAAAAAAAAAUGCUAAGCAACCUAUUUUGCUGUAUUUUAAAUCUAGUUGAAGCAUUGAAAAUGCAUUUUUUUAUUUUCUAAGUGGUUUGCAUAAUAAUAUUGGAAACAACCAUAAAAUAAAAACUAAGAAAAAUACGGCAAUAACUAGUUCAUUAUUUUAAAUUUUAGUUUAGUUAUUAUGUAGGAUAGUUUUACUUGUAGUUGCCUUUUGAUUUUCCUAAUAGGGGAAACCCUAGGUAAAAUCUAGGAAAACAAAGAAAGUUUAAGAAAAUAAUAAUUUCAUUAAUUUCAAGUUAUUUUAGUUUUUAUUUGGUAGUUAUUAUGUGUAUAAAACUGUUCAGACAGAAAUGCUUGAACAUUAAUACGAAGCUGUACACAUAGGUAAAAAAAUUAGGUGUAAUACAGUAGUUUUUAAUUUUUUAUGGUUUUUAAAAUCAAAUUUUGACGAUAAUCAUAAAAAUAACUUCGUUUUAAAAUAUGUAUAACUGAGCUUCGCUCAAGUAAUUUAUCGUUUGUUUCAAAUAUAAACUCAGUACAUUUUUGUAUCCUGUUUUUCCAAUUUUCUACUACAACAAUGGCACGCCCGUCCUCUAUAUCAGCUUUUUUAUUUAUUUAAUUAUGGGUUAGCUAGAUGACACAAGUGGAACACUCGUUUAAAUUAUUUAUUUUUUUUUUACGUUGAAAAAAGUUUUGUAAUAUUAAUAACGAUAAUGAAUUAUCGUAUCAGUAAUAACUAAUACACAUUAUUUUUCUAAUUGCUUUGAAUAAGUUCCGUUCCGUUCUCGAUUCUUGAAAAUGUAAAAAUGCCACUUUUUAUGAUGAUAAGUAUAGAAGGUAUAGGUUAAGAUAGAAGGUAAUUUAAAUGGUAGAUUAUAAUUUGAAUUCAACAUCAAAUCAUUACAAUUAAAAUACAAUUCUGAGUGAAGUAAAUAAACUGUUAAUUGGUAAGGUUCCUACAGGGAAGAAUCCAAGGGGGGCCCAGGGACCCCCGAAAUUUUAUUUCUCCAAUUUUUGUAUAGGAAAAUAAUAUACAUAAUGCAUUAUAUUAUAUUUUAAUUGUAUUUGUGUUGUAAAUAGUUAGACGACCCCUAGACCGUUGCUGACUGGGUUCAUAAAAGUAUCAUUAUUAUAAUGAUGCCAACGUAGUAUAGAUUUAUAGUCAGUGAUUAAAUUGCCAUUAUGGCAAAUUCCAUUAUUCUAAUAAUUAUUACAUAUUUAAUAUUAUAUAUCUGAUACAAUCAUUCUAUAAAAGAUAGAAAUGUGUCCAUUAUAAAACUUAUGAUUUUUAAUUUGUCGUUUUUGCGCAAAAGGAACGAAUGUCUAAGCUUUUUUCUUGCAUAAAUGGUUUUCGUUUCGUUCCGCGUAAUUAAGUUAUAAAAAUAAUUCGUCCCUCGUACUUAAAAAAAAGAAUCGUUCUUUCCAAACAUUGAUAAUACUGUACCAUUUAAUAUCUAAUCUAUGGAUCAAAUAACACUACACACGAGCAAGACCAUGCUAGGAUGGCCAUUAUAGUAAAGUUAUACUUAUGUAUUAUAAUAAUGAAUAGCCUUGUAAAAAUUAUCAGUAUAAAUAUGGUGACGUUGAUUGAUUUAGAGACCCGAAAGCAAGUCUAUGUGUAAAGAAAAAAAGUUCAAUUUGAAACGGUCUUUGUUAGACCAAAUAGAACAUAACAAGAUUAAAAAAGAAACAAAUCAGUGCUCGUCUUUAAAAUCGGAAAAUCAGAUACGAGAUGAAUUGAUAAAAAGGUAAAAUAUAAUAUUUCAUUUCUGCAUUCUACGAGAACUUUAUUUAUUUUUUUAAUUAAAAUUAGUUUACAUGACGAAAGAAUGAGAAAUAUUGAAGCAAAAAAUCGCUCAAAAGAAAACUAUUUAAUCCUCCUCGAUAAAGACAUCGAAGAUAAACAUGCAUAUAAAGAAGAAAUGAAAAAAAAAUACGAAACAACAGAUACGUUUAAAAAUAUUUUGGACACUAAUAAUAAAAUUCCAGCGAAGUGCGGAGGAAAAUCAAUAAAAUAGUAAGAUUUAAUUAAUUAAACAGUAAUAUGGCCGUAUAAAAAAUAAGUCUGUAGUGUUGUGCUAAAUACUGUUAACAUAAAAAUUAAACAUUUAGAAUUCUACUCACAUACUAAAUGACGCGCAUGCUAAAUAAACAAUAUUUUGGCUGCAUGUAUUUUUAUUUUGACUUUUUGCUCUAUUGAGUGCACACAUGUUAUACGUCUUAAAAACUUUGUUUGAACACUAUGUUUGUGGAAUACCAGCAUUACGCCGAUUUCAACUCAUCUCUAGUUUAGGUUAAAAUGGUUAGUUAUUUAGUAAAUAAGCACAUGAUAUAAAGGCCACGACACAACUCGCGACGACGCUAGGCUAUAGCCUUUAAAAAAUAUACUUAAGGAAGUACAAUUAUUUAGUGAUAAACGUGAGCUAGCGAAUUAUCAACUAAAACAAAAGAUGGCACGUAGUCUUCUUAAUUGUGAACAAAUAAAAGAAAAUAUUGAUUUUGAGAAACGUCUAUUGAAUCGGAUUAAAAGAGAGUAACUAUAUUUUGUAUUACUAAUUAAUUUAUGAAAAAAAACCCUCGUAAUAUUCUGAUUUUUUUUUUUACUCAUGUGCAUUUUAAAGAGAAGAGACAAUGCAAGAAAAGAUGUUACAGAAAAAAUUGAACUUAAAAAAAUUUAUGGCUGAAGAUUUAAAUAAUUUACAGGAUAUGACGGGAACCGGACGUGAUAAAAACCAAGUGCCUAGUUCUUAUGUAAGUAUUAAGAAUAUUACGAUAAAUGUGCCCAAAUAGUAAAACACUAAACACUGUAGAACAUAGACACAUACAGAGAAGAAUGGGAUCUAAAACCUCCCUUUUCCCCCAUUAAAAUGUAUUUAUCUGACAGCCAACAAUACUUGGAUAUAUAAGUAAACUAUUUAAUAAAUUUAAUAAAUGAAAAUAUUUUUUUAAAAAUACAAAAAUAUAGUGUUCUACAUAUUAUCCGAAUGCUUAUAAUUAACAAAUUAUUACUAAUGAUAUGGUUUAUUUUUUUUGGAAUUUUUGUUUUUUAUCUGUUUUUUUGUCAAGAAGAUACCAAUUUUGAAAAAAAUUAAAUUUUUAUUUUCAUCCCUAAAUCACUGAAAAUAAAAAAAAAAUGUUUACUUGUUCACGUUUUAAAAUUUUUAAAAUAACAAACUUUUUAAAAUAUAUUAUUCAUUAUUCUAAAAAUUUGCAUGUAUUACCAUUUAGUUAGUUAAUGUUAUUUAAAUAAAAUUAAUGAUGUCGAAAUAAUAAUCCUAGUAAUAAUCUUAAUGUAAAUUAUUGUAUCAUAUUAAAUAUAAAUGGUUUAAGAUUCAAAUUUCAAACAUUUUAAAUUCUUAAUUGUGUUAACUGUAUGACUGCAUUAAUCAGACCUUUACAUUACACCUCACAUUAGACCUUGGUCUUAUUCUUUAUAAUAUUAGGACAAAAUUGACUCGUUGCAAUAAAUAAACAAUGCAACACAUAUUUUUAAGUUUUACCAUAAAAAAAUAAAAAAGAAUAACUGUGUACAAAUUAUAGUGAUGAAAGAUAGGAAUAACACUCAAAACUUAAAAACCUCGAGUACGCCACUUAUCAAAAGUAUCAGUCUAUUUUGUUCGCUUUUUCUAGUCUAGUUUUUUUGAUUUUUGUUAAUUUAACUUUCAUUGAGAUAUAGUCAGUUCGCAUUGUGAAUAUUUAACAAUAUUAUGAAAACUUACAUCAGACAUUAAAACCGUAAUUAUUUUGAUGUAUGUAACGAUUGCAAAUUGUAUUGUAUGUUUACAGCCAAUGUCUUUUCCGCUGAAGAAAACGGGAGAACGCUGUCAAUUGUGUAAAAAGAACGCACUUGGCUGUCCAGCUGAAAAAAUUUCUGAUCAACCACGUUGA